UCGCAACACGGAAGAGCAGGAAACGAAAACAAAUAAUCGUUCAAAAAGAAGAAGAUUCCUGUGUUAGUCUGAGGAGGAGGACGUCCUGAACGACACCGUGUACUUUUAGGAUUACUACUGCUGUCUGACAUCAGCUGAUACAAAGAUGGAGUUCUUGUUUGGGAAGAGGAAGACUCCGGAGGAGAUGCUGAAGCAGAAUCAGAGAGCGCUCAACAGAGCCAUGAGAGAGCUGGACAGAGAGCGCAUGAAGCUGGAGCAACAGGAGAAGAAGAUCAUCGCUGACAUCAAGAAAAUGGCCAAACAGGGACAGAUGGACGCCGUCAAGAUCAUGGCGAAGGAUCUGGUUCGCACGAGACGCUACGUGAAGAAGUUCAUCAUGAUGAAAGCCAACAUUCAAGCCGUCAGCCUCAAGAUUCAGACGCUCAAGUCCAACAACAGCAUGGCGCAGGCGAUGAAGGGCGUCACCAAAGCCAUGGCAACCAUGAACAGACAGCUGAAACUGCCUCAGAUCCAGAAGAUCAUGAUGGAGUUUGAGCGACAGAGUGAAAUCAUGGACAUGAAGGAGGAGAUGAUGAACGACGCCAUCGACGACGCCAUGGGUGAUGAAGAUGACGAGGAGGAGAGCGACGCCAUCGUGUCCCAAGUCCUGGACGAGCUGGGUCUGAAUCUGUCCGACGAGCUGUCAAACCUCCCGAGCACCGGCGGGAGUUUGUCCGUGGCCGGAGGAAAGAAGGCCGAGCCUCAGGCCGCUCUGGCCGACGCAGACGCCGACCUAGAGGAGCGACUGAACAACCUCCGAAAAGACUGAGGGGCGACGCAGUAACUGACGAGGAGGACGAGGAGCGCACUGUGGCACGGAGGGAGGGGGGCGAGGGGAGGAAGGGGACAGUGUUUAAAUACAGAUACAAGCAUACUCUGAUCUGUGUGGUGGAUUGUUUGGAAGGCAGAAAGAACGCCGCUCUGUGUCGUGAUGGUGUACGGCUUUUUCUUUUUUUUUUGAGGUGUUUUCAUUUCGUUUUUAUGUGUGUUUUAUUAUGUGUUUCAUCCAAAAACAAUAUAAGAGUUAUUAUCCUUGGUAUAGGUGUAGCAAACUCUUGUCUCAUGUUAAAAGACAUUUGCCAAAAUCACACAAAGUCUCAGUUUGUGUAAAAUACUAAAGUUUCACAAUUUAAACUAACACUAAAAAUGUUUAAAUGAAGCCCCGAAAUGAGAGAAACAUUACAGACGUGGAGGUUGCUGUUUGUUUUUUUACACACAUAUAGGCUAUAUAUAUAUAAAAAUACAGCUGGGCAUCGUUAUAUAUAUCAAGUUUUAACCCUGAUUGAAGUGUUUCAGGGUUCGGAGGAUAGUGGAGUCUCAUCUCAUCGUCUCUUCUGUUUAAAUUGACUCGUAAGGUUUGUUUUACACACAGAGGAUGAAAGAUAAAGAGAAGUGUGUGUGGACGGCUGUGGAGGAAGCACUCCUGAGUAUACUGCCUUUUGUUCAGUGGUGUAUUUAAAGAUCAGCAGGAUUGUCACCAAAAUGUUACUUAAAGAGAGAGAAAGAAAGACUGUCCUGUUUUCAUUUUUUCUUUAUUCAAUAAACGAGUUUUCUUCUUUUUUUUUUUGUUUUCCAGAUUUAACUAA